AUGUUAGCAAAGCACGAGUUCACUCAGUGCUUAACACAAUCAACCUUGCAAACCAAUCGUUCAGGUAUAUCUUGCGUGGAAGGAAAGACCGAUGAGAACCAGCUUCGGAAGGUCCUGUAUCAUGACAGUCGUUCGCCUGGCAGGUUGAAACCCUUCCUACCCAAGGGCAAAGCGCGAAUUCGCUCAGUGGCCAAGUUCAUCUGGCAGGUUCAAACCCUUCCCACCCAAGGGCAAAGCGCGAAUUCGCUCAAUGUCCAAAGUUCCUCGCACAACGAGAAAGCCCAGUUGGCAAAUACACUAUGGGCCGCCCAUCCCGCGACCCCCUGGGUCAUCGGUGUAGAGUUUCCAGUUGCAGCCUGCCCAAAUGGCGAGAAUUUCAUCAUCGAGCAAGCAGUCUUCUCCAACGCCUCGACAAAUAGUUCGUCUGGCAGGUUCAGACCCUUCCCACCCAAGGGCAAAGCGCGAAUUCGCUCAAUGUCCAAGGUUCAAACCCAUCCUACCAAGGGCAAAGAGCGCAUUCGCUCAGUUUCCAAAGACAAAUAG